UGCGAAUCAAGUGGUAGCGCUUAGUCUUACGGCAGGACUCAGUUAAAGAAGGUUCCGAGUGCCUUCUUUUAUAUCUAUAGUCUCGUGUUUAUUCGGUGUCAUCUGUUUAUAAAUACUAUUUCGAAAAAAAAAAAAAAAAAAGAUUGGUCAUGUGUUCUGUGUGACGGGAGUGAAAUGUCGAUAGUGAUUUUUAAUUUUUGGAAUCUAUCGAUGAAGUUCACUGGUCGGGAUCAUACCUAGCAAAAGUUGGCAAUUUUUUUAUUCCAACUAGCUAGUUCACCAGAAAUCACAAAGAAGAAACACCUGACGGCUCCAAAGGCACGAGCUGUCAGAACAUCUUUUAAUUUGUCCUUUUCUUUAUUAGUGACGGAAUUGCAGGAGACGGUGGAACUUUAGAGAAUUCCAAUUCAUUUAAAAAAAAAAUGCAAACCACAGAAAGUAUAGACGGCGGUAUAAUGCCACCAGGUACACUUGCACUUAUGGCAACUCCUGGAAUAAAUAAUCCAACCUGGAGUCGACAACAAGCCGUAAGCGUAAGGCACGCAUUUAAAACUUAUGGAAGUAGCAAAAAUCCAAAUCAUGUAAUACAAAAUCUCAGUAUGACUGUUGCCAAAGGCUCGAUAUACGGUCUUUUAGGUGCUAGUGGCUGUGGAAAAACUACCUUACUCUCUUGCAUUGUGGGAAGAAGACGAUUAAAUUCAGGUGAAAUAUGGGUAUUAGGUGGCAAACCAGGCACAAAGGGAUCGGGAGUGCCUGGCAAAAGAGUAGGUUACAUGCCUCAAGAAAUUGCACUCUAUGGAGAAUUCACUAUCAGGGAAACCAUGAUGUACUUUGGUUGGAUCUUUGGCAUGUGCACCGCAGAAAUCGUCGAAAGGUUACGAUUUCUCUUGCAAUUUCUCGAUCUUCCUUCACAAAAUCGUCUUGUUAAAAAUCUUAGUGGCGGUCAACAAAGAAGAGUCUCUUUUGCAGUGGCUCUGAUGCACGAUCCAGAACUUUUAAUUCUAGAUGAACCGACCGUAGGUGUAGAUCCACUUCUAAGGCAAAGUAUUUGGAAUCACUUGGUUCAAAUUACCAAAGAUGGAAAUAAAACAGUUAUCAUUACAACACAUUAUAUUGAAGAAGCUAGACAAGCACAUACGAUUGGUCUUAUGAGAAGUGGAAGAUUAUUGGCAGAAGAAUCGCCAAGGGCUCUUUUACAAAUGUAUAGUUGUUCAUCUCUAGAAGAUGUUUUUCUAAAACUUUCCAGAAAACAGGGACAAUAUGUUCCACCUACAGAACUUAAUAUUACUAAUAAUACUAGUUUGGCUUCCUUAAACUGGGGCAAAAAAGACGAACCAGUCUAUGUGACGGAGGAGUCUGGAGUUAUUGGCCUCAACUUUCAUCAGAGUAAAGAAAUCCUCAUUCACGAUACAACCAAUGGAGUAGGAAGUCAUUAUGACUUAAAUGGCAAACCCCUACCAGGAGUCAAAGGAGACUCGACAGUGGAGUGUGAGGAUUGCGAUUUUUCUGAUUGCUUCAAACUCACAACUACAGGAAAGAUCAGAGCCCUUUUACAGAAAAACUUUCUACGUAUGUGGAGAAAUGUUGGAGUGAUGUUAUUUAUUUUUGCCCUGCCCGUAAUGCAAGUUAUACUCUUUUGCCUGGCAAUUGGAAGAGAUCCAACAGGACUUAAAUUAGCCAUAGUUAAUCACGAAAUGUUUUAUGAAAAUAUGAGUUGUCCAGUUUCAGAAGGAUGUAAUUUUACACAACUCAGUUGUCGAUAUUUAAAAUUUCUCGAUAACGAAACAAUGGUGAAAGAAUAUUAUCCGGAACCUAAAGUGGCAAUGGAAGCUGUUCGUCGUGGUAACGCUUGGGGUGCACUUUAUUUUACGGAAAAUUUCACCGACGCUCUAGUUGCAAGAAUGGCAUUAGGCAAAGACUCGGACGCUGAAACUUUAGAUCAAAGUGAAAUUCGAGUUUGGCUUGACAUGUCCAAUCAACAAAUAGGUUUGAUGCUAGCGAGAAAUCUUCAAUAUUCAUAUCGAGAUUUUGCUAAGGACUUGCUGUCAACUUGCAAACAAAAUCCAAAAUUAGCUGAUGUACCAAUUCAAUUUAAAGAUCCAAUUUAUGGGACUAAUGAACCCAGUUUUACUGAUUUUGUUGCUCCUGGUGUUAUUUUAACUAUCGUGUUCUUCUUGGCUGUUGCUUUAACGUCUUCAGCUCUUAUUAUUGAAAGAAUGGAAGGUCUUUUGGAUCGAAGUUGGGUAGCUGGUGUGUCUCCGGGAGAAAUUUUAUUUUCUCAUGUUGUUACACAAUUUGUUGUGAUGUGCGGUCAAACAGCUUUGGUUCUUAUUUUCAUGAUCAUUGUCUUUGGAGUCGAAUGCAAGGGUGAAAUUGGUUUUGUUAUCGUCCUUACAAUUCUACAAGGCUUGUGCGGCAUGUGCUUUGGUUUUGUGAUCUCAGCGAUUUGCGAACUCGAAAGAAAUGCCAUUCAACUAGCUUUAGGCAGUUUCUAUCCAACUCUUCUUCUUAGUGGAGUCAUUUGGCCAGUUGAGGGAAUGCCAACUAUUUUGCGAUACAUCUCGCAAGGAUUGCCUCUGACGAUGGCCACCACGUCACUUCGAUCAAUGCUCACACGUGGAUGGACCAUUGGAGAACCUGACGUCUACAAAGGUUUCAUAUCCACUAUAAUAUGGAUCGUCGUGUUCCUAACGAUCAGCAUGCUUGUUCUCAAAUUUAAACGAGGAUAAAUUAUGUGUGAAUCCUCUUCAGGAAGUUUCAAAAAGAAAAAAAAAAAGUUAAACAUCCUGCUUGUACAGUAUAUCGAAUUCACAAGAAGACUUGCAAGGAUAGAUAAAAGCACAAAUUCAUUUUAAGUUAAAAAUUAUUAACUUCUUUUAAAGGCACACAAAUUUAUUGUGCUUUUAUUGAAAAAAAAAAAAAAAGUUUUUAUAAAAUGAAACUCAACGUUUCGAAAAUUAUUACUGGCCAAAAUUUUAAGAGAUGACUAAUUAAUUAUAUAUAUGUAUUUUUUUUUUUUUUAACAAAAUUGUAGAUAUAUAAAUUUUAGUCAUUUUUCAGAGUUUAUAAUUUAUAAUAUAAAUAUUUCAAAAAGAUAUAGAUUAUAUAAAAGAAUUUUUUAAAAAUUACUAAAGUUCUCUGGAAUAAAAAAAGAUAUUUUUUUAUAUGAAAAAUUAAGAAAAAUUUAGUAUAAUUAAAAAUUGUAAAAAAAAAUUAUAGGAUAAAUUUUUUCAAGUCAACACUAUUUUUUAUAAAUAUUAACACGAUUUGAAAAUUGUCAUUUUAAAAAAAUUCAUUGGCAGAUAGAAAAAAAAAUAUGGAGAAAAAUAGAAAAUAGUUUAUUGUCUCAAUAAAAUUUUGAUUAGCUUAACAAAUUGUUUGUCUAAAAAUAAAAUUCCAAAAAAAUUACAUUUUUAUUAACUUUUAAGUAAUAAAAUUUCUUUUGUUUAACUAAUCAAAAUUUUGUCAAAAAAAAAAACUCUUUUUUUCUAUCUGUGAAUGUUUUAAUUGUUUUUAAAAAGAGAAUAUUUAAAAAAAAAUUAUUUUCGUGGCUUGGGAUUGUUAUCUCGUGACAGAUAAUUCUCUUUGGAAAAUAUUAUAUCCACGAAAUCUCUGCGAGUUUCUUAGGGUAGAAAGUUCUCGCGUGUUUGUUAAAAAUGUGAAUGCUUGUGAAUGAAUGAAUGUUCUCAUAAUUCUAAAUUAUAUAUUUUUGUUAUACUGUUAUUUUUGCGAGAGGCAAAAACAAAAUCAGAACAUAUGGGCCUAAAUUGGGACAAUUAGAAAUAUUUUAAAUAUUAAAUUUUAUUCAAAUUAUACAAUUUGUAAUUUGAUUUUUAUAAACAAAAUUUUUAGAUAAUUUUAUAGAAAAAUGGAAAUAUUUUUUACGAAUUAAAAAAAAAAAUUUUUAAAGGGAACAAAAUGUUUUUUAGUAAACAAAAGUUUAAAUUUAUAUAUAGCUUUAUUUUAAAUAAUUUGAAAGCUUUCUAUUUAUUUUGAAAAAAAAAAAAAAUUAAGCAUUUAAAUAGUUGUUGCAGUUAAAAAAAAUCAGAGGAAAGAAUUUCAGAGUGUGAAAGAUUAAUUAUUUUAAAUGAACUAACGAGACAAUUAAUAUGUGUAAAUAUACGUUUUUAACUUAUAAGGAAUUUGAUUAGUAUAAAAUUUCUGUAAAUAAAAAUGUAUUUGAAUUCAUGUUCAAAAUGUUCCUGAAUUCUUUCUCUCAAACUUUAGAAUGAUAUAAUUUUUAAUUUGAACAUUCCGAUGAAAGCCAUUUUAUUUAUAUUUCAAUAUCUCUAACUUAUGUUAUACAUAUAAAUGCUCAAUGAAUGAAACUGAAUUUUUUUUUUUAUUAUUACAAAUUUGCUAUUGUAAUAUUAAACAGGCGUAAUUUAUUUUAUUUGUUGAAUAGAAAAAAAAUAUGUUUAAAAUUGAAGUUUAAAAAAUUUUUAUGAUUCUUAAAGAAAGUCUGAGUGUUAUGCAUCAAAUAGUUUUUAAAUAAAAUCUAAUUGAUUAUAAAUUUUAUUUUGUAAAUGUUAAAAAGAAAAAUAAUUCAUACGAGCGUACCUCGGGUAAAUUGGUCCCGGGACGUUAGGGGUAUGUAAUUAGAGUUUUUAAAAAAUAAAUUUUUAGAUAUUAGCUGGUUCUACUUGCCCAUGACUUAAGUGUACCUAUGUAUUAUUUAACUUGUAUUAAUUAUAAAUAUAAAACAACAUUUUUGAAAACAUGAA